CUCACUCCAUAGUGCAAACACAACAGCGCUUCAAACUAGUCAAAUUCGAUUUAAUUGCAGCACUUUGAGUUAUAACCUUUUGGUCAUUAUUCGAAGAUCAUGGCCUCAGCAAUCCUGCUGCGCUCGAUUCCUGCAAGUCCUAGUGCCGCGAUCGAGAUUAAUUACAGGAGAUCUGUCGUGAGAGGGCAUUUCCCCGCCUACUAUGUUCCUAGGACGGCUGCCCGAGGUGGCUUGCGCGUGAGGUGUAUGACUGAGGAGAUCAAGCCGGAAGGUAGCACGGAGACACCAGCUUCUGACGUUCCCUCUUCAUCGCCUACACCAACCCCAUCCCCAUCCCCGAAGCCAAAACGGAAGGUGAGCACCAGCUUCACAGAUGUGUUUGCAUUCAGCGGCCCGGCACCGGAGAGGAUCAAUGGCAGACUGGCGAUGAUUGGCUUUGUGGCGGCUAUUGCGGUCGAACUGUCCAAAGGUCAGGACUUGUUUGCUCAGAUCAGCGAUGGUGGCAUCCCGUGGUUCUUGGGAACGAGUGUUCUGCUGUCGGUUGCAUCUCUGGUUCCACUAUUUCAAGGAGUCACAGUUGAGUCGAAGUCAGGCGGGUUGAUGACUUCCGAUGCUGAGUUGUGGAAUGGAAGGUUGGCGAUGUUGGGACUGGUCGCGUUGGCCUUCACCGAAUAUGUCAAGGGAGGGACACUUGUGUAGGGUUUGGAAUUGAAGUUGCAUAAUUGGAAAAGAGUAAUUCAGAAUGUAAUCCUCCAAAGCAAAUAGAGUGAACUAUUACUUGAGCGCAAAUGUUGUGCAUAAUGCCUUAUUGAUUAGAUUUCAAUUUAAGGUAUUCAUAUUGUAGUUCGUUCUAUCAAAGAAUAUGUCAAGGUAUUAAUCAA